AAAACUCUUUAAAUGCAUGAAGUGUGGAUAAUUUGAAACUGAAAAUCGAGAAUGAGCCGCUUAAGUUAUGUCGAUAAGAUAAUUCUAGCGCCAAUGGUCCGUAUGGGUACCUUGCCUUUACGGCUAUUGGCGUUAAGGUACGGGGCAGACAUUGUUUAUACUGAGGAAAUAGUGGACAAGAAGAUGGUGAGGACUAAACGCGUUGUAAAUGAUAUCCUUGGAACUAUUGACUUCAUAGAUGAGUUUGAUGGAAGUGUGGUGUUUAGAACUUGUAAUGAAGAAUCCAAUUAUGUGGUUUUUCAAGUAGGAACGAGUGACCCUGAACUUGCAGUUAAAGUUGCAAAGAUUGUAGAAAAGGAUGUAGCUGGUUUUGAUGUUAAUAUGGGCUGCCCUAAAGAGUUUUCCAUUAAAGGAGGGAUGGGGGCUGCUUUGUUGAAGCAGCCUGAAAAAGUUAAGGAUAUUUUGACAAACUUGGUGUCAAACAUAACAAUUCCAGUAACAUGUAAAAUACGGCUGUUGCCUAACAUCGAAGAAACAAUGGAUCUUGCUAGGACAAUUCAAAGUUGUGGUGUUACUGCAAUAGCAGUACAUGGGAGAACCAAAGAAGAAAGGCCACAACAUCCAAAUAAUAAUGAAGCCAUAAAAAAAAUAGCAGAAGACCUGAGUAUCCCUGUUAUAGCAAAUGGUGGUUCCAAGGAAAUUGACAGUUACGAGCAUAUAUUAAAGUUCCGGAUGUCUACGAGUGCAUCCAGUGUGAUGAUCGCUCGAGCAGCUCAGUAUAAUAGCUCUAUUUUCCGUAAAGAAGGAAAGUUGCCGCUAGACGAAGUGAUCCCAGAAUACCUAAGGCUUUGCAUCGAAUAUGACAAUGUCUUUACCAACACCAAGUAUUGCGUGCAAAUGAUGCUUAGAGAUCUUCAAGAAACUCCUAUGGGGAAGCGCUUACUGGACUCAAAAACAGAGGAGGAAAUCUAUAAAAUUUGGGGCCUUCUGGAUUAUUAUAAGAAGAAACAGGAAGAAUUCAAGAGUCUUUCACUGAAACUACAGGUGUCAUUACCAAGCAUGGGUCAUCUUGAGCCAGCCCAAAAAAGGGCUAAAACCGAAUCGACAUUCUUUAGUCGGGUUUGCGAAAAUGACGAUGUCAUCAAAGUGAUGAUUCCUCUACGAAAGCCAUAUCAAAAGCAUAUUCUUCCUAAGACAGUGCUACACGAACAUGCGUGCAAAGCGCAGCAUAGUAAACUUCCAUUCUAUCGUUCCGAGCAAGUUGAUAAGCUAUUUUUUUCAACUGUCGUCGUGGAUGGCAAACAAUACUCCAACCGCUAUCUGGAAAAAAAUAAACGGACAAGUGAGCAGGCAGCAGCUCUGGCUUGCUUACACGCCCUAAAUUUACUUCCCGCUGAUACCACAGAAUGACUUGCUUCAACUGACAAAGUAGGUGACACUUACUCCCUCUUCCU